AUGGACUUGUGCAGAUGUUGUCAUGCUGAAGGUUGUUUUCAAAGUUUAACGGAAUUAAUUAAUACCGUAACCUACGAAGAUAUGUUGAAGAUUUGCUUUGAUAUUAUGAUUUGCCAUGCACCUGAUAACAAUCGACAAUAUGCCAUAUGUAACCAAUGUAUACUGAAACUUCAAGAUGCAUAUUACUUCAAAAAACAAGUGAUAGAAAAUGAACAGAGAUUUUCCGAGUACAAAAAUGAUCUAGAUAUGUUUCCUGAAGUAAAACUCGAACCACCAAGCGAUACUGUACCAAUAGGGGACUCUGACGAUGAUAUAGAUUUAAGUACAUUAAAGAAGUUAAAAAGUAAAUCGGAUAAAAGGAUCAAAAAAGAAAAGCAUAAAAUUACAGAGAUAACAGGUUUGUUGUUUAUUAUACAAAAUCCCGUAAAAGCGUAA